UUGUUGAUAUCGUUAUAUUUUUUCCUCAACAAUUUGAAAAAUACCUACUUACUUAUGACUACUUAGUUCUUUUUCUAGGCUGCGAUUAUCUUGAAAUUCGAAGCUUACUUUUCGAAUUUUUUCGCAAAACUGAAUAACGUCCAUAACAAAUUUCAAGAAUCUUAGCCCUGAUACAUUUUUGGAAAAAAAAGAGAUAAUAGCUUGGCAUUACAAAUUUUAUUUCAAAAUUUUCAGACUCUAAAAUAUUUCCGACCAUUUUUUUUUUCAAAAAACAGUAGGUAAGUAGGUACCUAUACCUACUUAAAUUUUUUACCAAAACAAUUGCAUUUCUCAAAUUUUUUGGGGGGAAUGAUGAAAAAGUGGAAGGAAGAUGAAUCCGCAGUUAUGGCACGAUCCCCCCGUUCCACUGAUUCAACUCGUUACUUACAACUACAUAUGCAGUUGAAAGACAUUUAAAAUUAUGAUAGAAAAUAACUAAAACUCAUCCAAGGACGUGUACCCUACUCACAUUGUAGGUGAAGAGAACACGGCGCGGCGCGGCGUAGAAACAGGUUUAAUUGAGUCAGGAUUUAUUUAAAUUAGGUACCGUUCAUCUACAAUGUACUUAAGCAUUAGGUUAGAUUAUGUACAUCGACGAGUUUUUUGUCAGUACCUAAAUCGGUUAUCACAAAAAUUCGAAUGUUGAGACGUUCGUGUAUCCACUUACCCACUAAACAUGGGUUUACGUACUCCCAUGCGCGUAUAUUGCACUACACACUGGUUGAUUACUGCUGUUUUACUUACGAUUUCUUUAGUGGAAUCGCUAAUAGUCACCACUGAACAAGGAAUCGUGAAUGGGACAUAUUCGACUUCUAGAAGAGGUAAAAUAUUCAACGCAUUUUAUGGUAUUCCAUACGCUCAACCUCCCGUUGGUAAAUUAAGGUUCAAGCCCCCAAAAUAUGCCAAACCAUGGACUGGAGUGCUAGACUCUUCUAUUACUCCAACAGGAUCUUUGCGAAUUCCAUUCAAUACUAGUCAAGUAGAAGGUGAUGAAGAUUGUUUGAAACUAAACGUGUAUACUCCGUUAAAUGCUCGAAAAGGUGAUAAUUUGGCAGUAAUGGUAUUCUUAGUUGGUGGCACAUUUCACUUGUCCUCUAACAUGGAUCCAGGGCCUCAGUAUAUAAUGGAUCAAAAUGUGGUCCUCGUGAUUCCGAAUUACAGACUGGGUGCAUUAGGACUUUUAACCACUGGAGAUGCAGUUAUAUCAGGAAACUACCAACUAAAAGAUCAGACAAUGGCGUUGAAGUGGAUUCAACAAAAUAUUCGUAAUUUUGGAGGUGAUCCGAAUAAUGUAACUUUACAUGGUCAUAGUUCUGGUUCCACUUGCGCUCAUUUACACACUGUUUCGCCUUCAAGUAAAGGAUUAUUCCACAGAAUAAUCAUGCAAAGCAGUAAUGAAGGAGCGCUUUUUUACAAGCGUGAUGUGAUACGGGGAAUUGUGGAAGAAUUUGCCACCAAAGCUGGGUGUCCGAAUACGACCACUUCUGAAAGUAUUUACGAAUGCUUGAUGGCCUUAGAUGCGAAGGAGUUUCCUAUUAUUGAGCAAACGAUGCCUGUUUGGUAUGCUUAUCCUACUUCUAUUUUUUUACCCACUAUUGAAGAUGAGUAUUCCGAAGAACCAUUCAUUACUAGUCGUCCGAGCAGUGAACAUUACCAUUCGCCCUCAAUGCCUUGGAUUAUUGGUUUUUUAACUUCAGAAGGGGCUUUUAAAGCUGUCGAACUUUUGCAAAAAGGAGGAAAUCUAGCUGCUGAAGUUGAUCAGCAUUAUAAAUUACUAUUUCCCAUUAUGCUAGGAUAUUUAUGGAACACGAAGUUGUCAUAUUUGGAUAAUAUUUCUCGUACGCUACGAUCACAUUAUUUCGGAAAUCGCAAAAUUGGUGCUGAAACUUCUCACGAGAUAACCAAAUUGUUCACUGACGGCGUGUAUGGCGUACCAAUUAUCAGCGAUAUACGACGUUACCCAGGUCCGAAAUAUGUGUAUUGGUUUGAUUACAGGUCAAAUUAUCUGGCCCAAAAUAUCCAUGCAUAUUACGAACAGUUUUUAGGAGUAAGCCAUGAAACUGAUUUGACAUUAAUUUACUCCAAGAAACAAUCCGCUCCUUUGCUAACCAACAGAGACCACAUGUUCAGUGAAGAAUUGGUCAAAAGAUGGGUGAACUUCGUCCAAACUGGAAAUCCAAACCACCCAAUUGAAAUUAACGAAGACGUAAUAGAUUAUUGGAAUCCUAUGGUUUCUGAUAGAAUUGAAUAUCUUCUUAUUAAACUGAAUGGAACUAUGGAAACUGAUUUGUACAAAGGGACGUAUGAUUUUUGGACAAGUCUACCCAUAGGGGUUGUGUAGCUGUUUUGUCAAGUGUUUUUAUAUAUGUACCUACCGGUAGGUACUUGUUGAAAAAUUUAUGAAAGCUGAUUGAGAGGAAAAUCAUUCGUAUGAAUGCUGUUUGAAAUGUCUCUUCGAUCUGUGUCAAAUUUACUGUUCAUAGCAGAAAAUGUGAAACGAACUGGCUGAUGGAUUGAAAAAAUAAGCGGCAUACCAAUAGCAUGUUUAACUCGUACCUAUAAAGUUGUCCGUUUAAUUAAAUUGUUCUGUGCUCAAUGCACAUAUUAGGAUAUAUGUACAUACAUCGUAUCGAUUAUUUUUUGUUACUUAUACAUACCUACUUAUUUCAAAUUAUUCGAGUUCUAAGUAUGUACUUCUACCUACCUAAUAUUCUUUCUUUGACUUUUACAUAUUUAUUUUGUCGAACAAUUGGAUUCAAAAAUAAAUAAAGUAAUCGAA